AUGUCGAGACGCAAGCAGGCGAAACCCCAGCACAUCAACUCUUCCGAGGAGCCUCUGCAGCUUCCAGAUGCGGCAGCCUGCUCCUCGGUCGCCGCCUCCUCCUUAGCUACGACCCCCGCUGCCGCCGCAGCAGAGCACGCCAUCUUUGAUUUCCGACUUCCUAAAAUAACCCGCGGUGGUCCACCAAACUGCCCUGGAGAUGGAGAGGGAAUAAGAGGAAGAGUUAAACGAUGUCGAACUGAGGAAACGAGUAUCUGUGAGAAAUGCUGUGCAGAGUUUUUCAGCCUUUCUGAAUUCUUGGAACACAAGAAAAAUUGCACUAAAAAUCCCCCUGUCCUAAUCAUGAAUGACAGCGAGGGGACAGCACCCCCUGAAGUCUUUACAGAAGUUACCCCAGCCCCAUCAGAGAAUUUUCCAGUUGACCGUUUGGAAAGUCAGGGCAGUAAAGACAGUCGUGCAAAGAGCUGCGCUGCUUCUGUAGACAAGAAGGAGAAGUCUGGUGUGGAGGCAGGAGCCUAUCUCAAAACAGAGCCUGCAGCCCCUGCUACGCCCCAUGGGAUAAGCUAUUUACCAAAAGGCAAAGUUCCCAACACUAAUGUGACUUUACAAACACUACGGGGGACCAAGGUAGCUGUGAAUCAGAGGAGUGCCGACGCUGUGUCUUUACCAGUCCAAGGCUUUGGCGCAUUCCCCAUGAUCCUGGAACAGCUAAUGAGUCUCCAGCAACAACAACUUCAGCAAAUCCAGCUUACUGAGCAGAUUCGUGUGCAGAUGACCAUGAUGGCCACCAGUGGUCAGCACCCAUCGGUGCCUCAUGGUUCCGACCCUUUGAAAACACUGGGCACUCAUAUGUCCCAACAUCUCUCCACUGCUUUGGCCUUAGUUGGACAAAAGGCUGGAAGCCAGAACUUGUCACUGGAAUCCUUGAAACAAGGCAAACUACCUCAUGCCAAUAUAGGCAUCCCAACUGCUGGCUCUGUGGCCUCUGGGCUGCCAUCUUUCUCUUUAAAGCCUGAUGCAAACAGGAUCCUUCCUAAUGCAAUGUCUCGUCUUCCAAAUCCUUUACUACCUCAGUCAUCAGGCUCAGUUCUUUUCCAGAACCCAUUCCCUCCAGUGUCUUCAGUGUCUCCUGUGUUGGACCCAUCCAAGAAAGGGAAGGGAAAAACUCCCAACAUCACUGUUUCUGAGAGCAAACCAAAUCCCGAGGAGCCCUUCUUCAAGCACAAAUGCAAGUUCUGUGGCAAGGUGUUUGGAAAUGACAGUGCCUUGCAAAUUCAUCUCCGUUCCCAUACUGGGGAGAGACCAUACAAAUGCAACAUCUGUGGCAAUCGCUUUACCACUAAGGGGAAUUUAAAGGUUCACUUCCAGCGCCAUAAGGAGAAGUAUCCCCAGAUAAAAAUGAAUCCCCAUCCAGUCCCUGAACACCUGGAUAACCUGACAAAUACCAGUGAGAUCUCAUGUGGAGUACCUGUACCUAUGGAUGAAUCAAAUCUGAUUGUGGACAGCAAACCUCCCCUUACUACUGGGACCCCUCCCCUAGGCUUACCUAGUCUGUCUUCUCUGACCCCCAAAGACUCACUUGGUGCUUUUCCCAAUGAUCUACCAUCCAGGCCUUCUCCAGAGAGUGAAGGGGGUUCCACAUCUUCUGGUAUGGCCAGUCAGGAAUCUGGGACAGAGCAGAGCUUGAGUUCCCCACAGGCUGGUAGUAGCAUUGGUGGUUUCUCAGGUAGUGGGGGCACUGAACAGGGGUCUGAGACUUUGAAGUUACAACAGCUAGUAGAAAACAUUGAUAAGGCUACCAGUGACCCCAAUGAAUGUAUCAUCUGUCAUCGAGUUCUAAGCUGCACAAGCUCUUUGAAAAUGCAUUAUCGCACUCACACUGGGGAGAGACCAUUCAAAUGUAAGAUUUGUGGAAGGGCCUUCUCCACAAAAGGAAAUCUUAAGACUCAUUAUGGAGUUCACCGAGCCAACACCCCUUUAAAAAUGCAACAUUCUUGCCCCAUUUGCCAAAAGAAAUUUACCAAUGCAGUAGUGUUGCAGCAACAUAUCCGAAUGCACAUGGGUGGCCAGAUCCCUAACACCCCUAUGCCUGAGAAUUCCUGUGACCAUGUUGAUAUGGAUCCAGCUGUUAUCAGUGAGAAAAAUGGAGAUGCCAUUACCAAUUGCAUUGAUGAGACCAUUGAAAGCAUUAUUGAUAUGGAAGACUUGGAGUCCCAAGAUGUUCCUAGUGGUUCAUCUAAGCCAUCUACUCCAUUUACUGAUACUCAGUCAGAAACACCAGCUGUGGCAUUUACCAGCAUCUCGGUAUUAGAGGCCCCAGGGAAAACAGGCAAUCCAUCUCUGAGCCUUCAGCGGCAGAGCAGUCUGAAGUCAAGUUCUGCAGAAAGUGAUGGCACGACCAAUGACUCCUCAUCUGUAAUAGGAGAUCAAGAUUAUCAAAAUGGCCGGAGUCCAGAGUCUGCAUCAUUCCAAGCGUUAUCGCCUGCAAAUAGUCAAGCUGAAAGUAUUAGGUCCAAGUCACCUGGCUUAGUCACUCAUGAUGACAUGGGAAAUAAGGCUGAAGGACCUGAAAACCCUCCAGCAGAAAUUGAAGGUCGAAGUAGCAUUCCUGCUUUUGUCAGAGUACCACCAGCUUUGAUCAAAGCUGAAGCUCCUGGAGAGCGGCCGAUAAGCAGUAGCCCGUUUUCUGGACCUCCUGCCGUGGCCCCCUUCCUAGUGGUCCCACCUCGGCGCACUGCCAAACAGCACAUUUGUACCACCUGUGGAAAGAACUUCUCAUCAGCCAGUGCCCUUCAGAUCCAUGAGCGUACUCAUACUGGUGAAAAGCCUUUCGCAUGUACCAUUUGUGGAAGGGCCUUUACGACCAAAGGAAAUUUAAAGGUCCAUGUUGGAACUCAUAUGUGGAAUAACUCUGCCCGACGUGGAAGGAGACUAUCUAUUGAUAACACCAUAGCAUUGCUGGGUAACGACGUCAAGAAGGUGUCUGAGAUGUUUCCAAAGGAUAUAGUCCCUCCUGCAGUGAAUCUUGACCCUGCAGUUUGGAACCAGUAUGCAGCUGUGAUUAACAAUGGCUUAGCAAUGAAGACUAAUGAGAUAUCGGUGAUACAGAGUGGCCCUAUCCCUGCCCUACAAGUUCCUAUCAGUGGUGGUGGAUCUGUAAUGAAUAAUGCCCCGGUUUCCAAGAUAGAUGGGUCACAGUCUGGGAUUAGCCCUGAUGUCAUGGAGAAAGCUAGUGCUACUGACAAUGUCCCCAAACAUCAAUUCCCUCACUUUCUGGAAGAAAACAAGAUUGCAGUCAGCUAAAAAGGAAGCUGGAAUGCAGGCGAAGCAAGUUACACUUUAAAAAAAAAAUUCCAACCCAACUUUCUGGGCUUUGUUUUGGUUUUGUUUUUUCCUAUCUAUGUGCAAAAUGACUGUAGU